GGGAAAUGCUUUGAAUACUUACGACAUGGCCGCUCACACUGAUUGCCAAGAUUGACAGCACUAACCAUCGCCUUCACUUGUUUCAAGGGGGAAGCCCCUAGUCACCCCGCUCUGCGCGCACCUCCCGGCACCCCGGCGGCAAACUUCUGCCGGUCAGCGUUCCCCCCGCCCGGGGCGGGACACCCCCGCCGACUUGAGUUAACGGGCUGCGCCGGCCGCGGCGCUGGGGGGCUUUGCUCUCUUGCUCCCCGGGCUGUGCUAAUUGACCCAGCAACGACUCCCCUUCCUUAAUUUUUUAAAUUUGUAUCUUUCCCUUUUUUCUUUAAUGCCAUUUACUCCCGCGGCGCAGCGCACAAGGAACCCUCCCGUGCGGUACCAUCCUGGAGCCCGCCCAGGUCACUUUCAUGAAUUCAAAGGCAAUUUACCAGUGAUUUCUGGGUGCUGGAGCUGAUUUUUUUGUGCGUAUUUACAUUCUAUAUCUUCUGAUGAGGAAAGAAAAAUGCUUCAAGAAGGACUUUGUGACCCCUCAUCACUUUGUAUAAGAGCCCAGAAGAAUGUCUUCCAAGCAAGCCACCUCUCCAUUUGCCUGUGCAGCUGAUGGAGAGGAAGCAAUGACCCAAGAUUUGACCUCAAGGGAAAAGGAAGAGGGCAGUGAUCAACAUGUGGCCUCCCAUCUGCCUCUGCACCCCAUAAUGCACAACAAACCUCACUCUGAGGAGCUACCAACACUUGUCAAUACCAUUCAACAGGAUGCUGACUGGGACAGUGUUCUGUCGUCUCAGCAAAGAAUGGAGUCAGAGAAUAAUAAGUUAUGUUCCCUAUAUUCCUUCCGAAAUACCUCUACCUCACCACAUAAGCCUGACGAAGGGAGUCGGGACCGCGAGAUAAUGACCAGUGUUACUUUUGGAACCCCAGAACGCCGCAAAGGGAGCCUUGCCGAUGUGGUGGACACACUGAAACAGAAGAAGCUUGAGGAAAUGACUCGGACUGAACAAGAGGAUUCCUCCUGCAUGGAAAAACUACUUUCAAAAGAUUGGAAGGAAAAAAUGGAAAGAUUAAAUACCAGUGAACUUCUUGGAGAAAUUAAAGGUACACCUGAGAGCUUGGCAGAAAAAGAACGGCAGCUCUCUACCAUGAUUACCCAGCUGAUCAGUUUACGGGAGCAGCUCCUGGCAGCGCAUGAUGAACAGAAAAAACUGGCAGCCUCACAAAUUGAGAAACAACGGCAGCAAAUGGACCUUGCUCGCCAACAGCAAGAACAGAUUGCAAGACAACAGCAGCAACUUCUGCAACAGCAGCACAAAAUUAAUCUCCUGCAGCAACAGAUCCAGCAGGUUCAGGGUCACAUGCCUCCGCUCAUGAUCCCAAUUUUUCCACAUGACCAGCGGACCCUGGCAGCAGCUGCUGCUGCCCAACAGGGAUUCCUCUUUCCCCCUGGAAUAACAUACAAACCAGGUGAUAACUACCCCGUACAGUUCAUUCCAUCAACAAUGGCAGCUGCUGCUGCUUCUGGACUCAGCCCUUUACAGCUCCAGAAAGGUCAUGUCUCCCACCCACAAAUUAACCCAAGGCUAAAGGGCCUAAGUGACCGUUUUGGCAGGAGUUUGGACACCUUUGAACAUGGUGGUGGCCACUCUUACAACCACAAACAGAUUGAGCAGCUCUAUGCCGCUCAGCUGGCCAGCAUGCAGGUGUCACCUGGAGCAAAGAUGCCAUCAACUCCACAGCCACCAAACACAGCAGGGGCAGUCUCACCUACUGGGAUAAAAAAUGAAAAGAGAGGGACCAGCCCUGUAACUCAAGUUAAGGAUGAAGCAGCAGCACAGCCGCUGAAUCUCUCAUCCCGACCCAAGACAGCUGAGCCUGUAAAGUCCCCAACAUCUCCCACCCAAAGCCUCUUUCCAGCCAGCAAAACCAGCCCUGUCAACCUGCCUAACAAAAGCAGCAUCCCCAGCCCCAUUGGAGGAAGCUUGGGAAGAGGAUCCUCUUUAGGUAAAUGGAAAGGUCAACACCAGGAAGAGACUUACGAAUUAGAUAUCCUGUCCAGUCUCAACUCCCCUGCCCUGUUUGGGGAUCAGGAUACAGUGAUGAAAGCUAUUCAGGAGGCUCGGAAGAUGCGAGAACAGAUCCAGCGGGAGCAACAGCAGCAACAGCCGCAUGGUGUUGAUGGGAAACUGUCCGCCAUGAAUAACAUGGGGCUGAACAACUGCAGGAAUGAAAAGGAAAGAACACGCUUUGAAAAUUUGGGGCCCCAGUUAACAGGAAAGUCAAGUGAAGAUGGAAAGCUGGGCCCAGGUGUCAUCGAUCUUACUCGGCCAGAAGAUGCAGAGGGAAGUAAAGCAAUGAAUGGCUCUGCAGCUAAACUACAGCAGUAUUAUUGUUGGCCAACAGGAGGUGCCACUGUGGCUGAAGCACGAGUCUACAGGGAUGCCCGUGGCCGGGCCAGCAGUGAGCCACACAUCAAGCGACCAAUGAAUGCAUUCAUGGUUUGGGCGAAGGAUGAGAGGAGGAAAAUCCUUCAGGCCUUUCCUGACAUGCAUAACUCCAACAUUAGCAAAAUCUUAGGGUCUCGCUGGAAAUCCAUGUCCAACCAAGAGAAGCAACCUUAUUAUGAGGAGCAGGCCCGGCUAAGCAAGAUCCACUUAGAGAAGUACCCGAACUAUAAAUACAAACCUCGACCGAAACGCACCUGCAUUGUUGAUGGCAAAAAGCUCCGGAUUGGGGAGUAUAAGCAACUGAUGAGAUCUCGGAGACAGGAGAUGAGGCAGUUCUUUACUGUGGGGCAGCAGCCUCAGAUUCCAAUCACCACAGGAACAGGUGUUGUGUAUCCUGGUGCUAUUACUAUGGCAACUACCACACCAUCACCUCAGAUGACAUCUGACUGCUCUAGCACCUCCGCCAGUCCAGAGCCCAGCCUCCCGGUCAUCCAGAGCACUUAUGGUAUGAAGACAGACGGCGGAAGCCUAGCUGGAAAUGAAAUGAUUAAUGGAGAGGAUGAGAUGGAAAUGUAUGACGACUAUGAAGAUGAUCCCAAAUCAGACUAUAGCAGUGAAAAUGAAGCCCCGGAAGCUGUCAGUGCCAACUGAGGAGUGUUUGUUUGCUGAAUUAAAAUACUCUGACAUUUCACCUCCCCUCCCCCAACAGAAAAGUUCUUAAAGAGCCCGCAUGCAUUUGUGGCUCCACAAUUACAUCAGCAGAAUGGUCUUAAUUGUUUCGUAAAGCGUGAGACAGAUUAAGUUUUCCCAGAUUUUUCAUGAACUUGAGUUUUUUGUCGUUAUUGUUAUUGUUGUUGUUGUUUUUUAAUUUAGGUGAAGACAUAUUAAAUAUGAGACACCAGGACUUGAAAACUUAUCUCAACCCAUAGCUGUCUUACAAGUCUUAUAUUUUGUCUUACUUUUUUUCUUUUGGAUGUUGAUAAAGGUUUAAGUUACUGUUUUAGAUGGGGUUAAACAUUCUCACUCAGGUAUGCUGUGCCAGCCUACAAGUUGUGAAUGUGUUUUUAUUCUGAAUUAUUUUAGAAAACAACUGAGAAUUUCAUAUUGUGAAACAGAACAAGUCCACGGCGUGUGCAGCUGCAUGUAGAGCAUAUUCAAAAGGCCUCAGAAUUCCAUUUUUCCAUGUGUAGAGUUAAACUUUGAAUGUGCCAAACUUUUUCAUAACUUUUGAAUCUUAAUAUUUUGAAAGUCUUAAAGGAGACACUGCAAAGUCUUAGACAAUCUUUGGCAUCUUAAAAUAAAAUAGCAAACCACACAUUUUUUUUUUUUUCAGAAAAUGGUGAAGUACUCAGGAAUCUGGAGACAAGAUAUUGUAAGGAACGAACAAGGUUGCCACAGUGCAUGUACCCAAUUGUGUUUGCCUCUUGGCGUGCCAUCAGUGUGUGACGUGGUACGACGUCCACACACCAGAGCGAUCACCACACCAGAUACCGACAUGGUGGUCUUCUCUGCCUGAGACCACCUCUCACUACAUCCAUUAUCCCUUUGCCUUUAACCCUGACAUUCAGUCUUAACACAUUUUCUCUUAAAUAAUUUAUUCAUUCCAGAAUGUCAAGGGUCCACUUACUAUUUAUUUAAAAAAAUUGUUGGUGGCAUUAAUUUAAUAAUUCUUUUUUCUUACCCUCCUUCCCCAAAGAACUUUUCAGCCCUUUUCACCUCCUUCUCCUGCUAGAUACAAAGGUGUACAUAGUGAUUUUAUGUCCCCAGAACAUCUGGAAGCAUUUCUGAAACAAGAUACUACUAAAUACCUAUAUUGUUGUUUUUGAACAUCAGUGUAUAUAUGGCUAUAGAGCUGUGCAUUUGGAUACAGGUGUAGAGAUUUACACUUCAACAGGUAUGCCCCUGAGGUUCCCCGUGACUUUGAAUCUUUUGCCAGAAUUUUCCCCUAAUUCAAUUAAGCAACACGUGGUAGGAUCUGCAUCAGUGGCAUUUCCCCUCAAUGCCAUUCAGCAGCAAGGGUCAACAGUGGUGACUGCCAGGCAGGAGAGUCCCGCAGCCAAUCCUAAAACCCAAAGCUGCGGUCCACGUAGGAGUCCACAGGGAUGCUGUCACGGGCUGGCAGCUUUACACUGAGCUGCCUUGUCCCAUCUGGCAUAUCUAGGGAGUUCUUUGCAAAAUCCCCAGGAUGCGAGAAGCCACAUGACAGCCUCAGAGCAAAGAUAGAGGCAAAUAGUCGCGAUACAUCCAGAGAAUGAAAGAAAACCAUAGGGAAGGAGAAGGAGAGGAAAUACAUUCCCUAAAUGGGAUGUUCCUACUGUUAACUCUGGGGAACAGAUCACUCCUGGGGCAGCAGACGAGUUCCUCUGGCUCACUCCCUCCAUCUGUGGCUGCAUGGGGGUCAUGCCUACGUGUGAACAAGAUUAACUGCCCUUGUCACACAAGGAUUUUUCUGGAGAUGUGCUGAUGGGCUGGGAAGCAGUGAGGCUUCAUUCCCCAUCUCCUAACCGCAGGGAGCUCGGCCAUGCCAUUUUGACCUUCCUGAAACCAGGACCGAUUGCCUAGGGGGGAGCCUCACCCAGAGUAGUUUGAUGGGAGAAUGUCAGCAAAUGGGACAGUUCACCUCAUGGGACAACCAGAAUCUGAUCACCAGGACAUAGGAACGGCCCCAUCAGAUUUCUUGAGCCAUUUUGUCACUUGGAAGAAAAUAGUGUACCUUCAUAUUUAUUUAAGAGUGCUCAAGGCCAUACCUAAUAGCAAUAAAUAGGUCUAGCCAAGACAUUACUGUCUAUGUCAUUAGCUAGGAGUGCUCUCUAUAAACUGAUUAAGGUACUGAUAGGAAUGUUUGGUUCUUAAUAUUGAUUGGGGAUUGGAACUUUGUUUUUGUACAUUUAUUUCAAAUGAGGAGGAGGUCGUUUUCCUAAAAAAAAAAAAAAGAGUAUUUAUUAUUGUCUUACUGGUUUCUUUUGAUUAUAUACCUCUCCUCCUCAGUUCAUUCUCACGAUUUUUUCUCUUCCUCUUUGACUCUUGCUCUUGCCCUCUCCCUCUCCUUUUUCAUUUUGUUGCAUAAGUAGAGUGCCGUAUGGCUAGCAUUGUAUUGUAUGUAAUUAAUUUUGCACAAAGGCAGACAUUUAGAAUAGUAGGUUAAUUUUGUUUGUUUUUAUGACCAUGCCAAAAUAAUAUUCUGGGCUGGUGGAGAACAAAGGACUGUUCUUUAGGACUGAAACUUGAUUUUGCUUGUAGUUAAAAAAAAAAAAAGAAACAAAAAAAGAAAUCAACAAAAAAAAACCAACAAAAAACACACACACUCACAGAUGUUGUUUCGUAAGUGUUAUAAGCACUGGAUAUAAAUGGUAUUUUUUAUCACUUCUGACUAAUGUGAAGCUGUUGUACGAAAACUACAUGAACAAAAGUCAUCUGUUUCGACUCGUGUGGGCUUGCCUCACAGUUGCCGGAUUUGAGUCAUUUUUAUGUCUUGUUAUUUCAUUUAUUUAUGCAAAAUACAUGUGUGUAUGAACACUUUGUUUUAGCUCCAGCUCUGCCUCAGUACUGGGGUUCAGUUACUUCUAGCCAUGUUCUUAAAAAUGAAAGGCUAUUCAGGAAUGAUCUGAUUGUAAACGUCUCUUUCAUUGGGUCAAACAGUGAUGCUGUAUUUGAAUCUAAAUUCUGCACAUAAGCAGUUUAUUCUAUUUAUUAGCCAAGUUUGGCUCUAAAUAUCCAUGGAAAUUAAGAAUGACAAUCAUAGGGAUCACGUCAUUUUAUUUUCAGUGGGGCUUAAACAAAGUUUUUAUGACUUCACCAUCUCAUUUUAGAUUUUUCUAAUUGUGUAAAUAUAACAUAGAAAUAGAAUUUAUUUUUGGUUCAUGAAUAUUUAGUGAAAUAUAAGUUAUGUAUUUCCUUUUUGUUCUCUAUCCAUAUAUGUUGGUCCAGACUACAAGUUGACGAGUCACUGUACCUCAUGGGGUAGUGAAUUAUCAGCCACAGUGAGAAAGCAGAGUCCCACCUGUAGCUGGAGCAGUAAAACCCAUCACUUGGGUUCUCAUAUAGUUUAGAACCCACUGUCCACAGACUCAGACUUUCACUAUUUUUUCGUAUAGAAAGUUGAUGAAUUGAACAUGGUGAAUUUCCAGCACAGCUGGGAGAGAGUCAAUUUGCUUUGUGAAUCCACAUAAAUCUUAUAAGGUAGUUCUGUGACCAUUUAAUAGCAUGAAGCAUGAAUGCCAUUAUAAAGGCAAAAAUCUUUCUCUGAGAUUGGCCAUUAAUGAAAGUCCCACCAUGCCAAUUAAAGAAUGUUAAUCAACUUUUUUUUCCCAUUGCUCCCUAUUUCAUAGUAUCUUCAAAUCAAAGGUAAAAAUUACCUCCAUUUUGUUAAAGAAGUUGCAGGAUCAGGAUUUUCCUUGUCACUUAGAGUAGGGACACUGGCAGACAAUCCUGUCCUAAACAAUGGACCAUAUGGAAUAGGAAGGAAGGAAGGAAAGGAAGAAGGAGAAGAAGAAGGAAAGGAAGAAAAAGGAAGAAAGAAAGAAACAAAGAAAGAAAAGAAAGGGAAAGAGGAAGAAAGAAAAGAAAAAGGAAGGAAAGAAAGAAAGGAAGAAAGAAAGAAAAAAAAAGAAAGAAAGAAAGAAAGAGAGAGAAAGAAAAGGUCAAUCUGUGGACAGGAGCAGACAGGGAGGCAGUUUUUCUGUUUCAUUGGCAGAUGCGAUGCAGUAUCUUUUCCAGGAAGGUACGAAAGCUUUGUUGUUUUCACCUGUAUUCAGCUCACCCUUUUAGGAGCACAUCAGUUUGCUUCAUUUGGUAUUUGAUACACCCCAGCCUUGUCCUCAGGCCUGAUUUGAUUUGCCAGGGUCCUGACACCAUCUCAGGCCAAGUUCUAAAUUCAGGUGCGGGCUCACAGUGCUAUUGAGCUUGUCAAAUUCUGGCCUCCCCUGAACAUUAGCCCCACUGGAGCCUGGGGUGUUUGAAAAGGGUGUGAUCACUCUAGGGCUGAAAUUAAAGGCUUCUUUCUUUUCCUUAUGAAGCCAGGCUGCUUCUCCGGAGCACACCCUCCUGAGCGGGGAGCACGGGCACUAGCUGAAAGCAGGAAUUGUUUUGAGGAAGCCCAUCUAACCCCAGUAGGAGGGCAGCCCGGUCACUUGAACACCACAGCUGAGGCUGCUUCUCUCAAUUUACUCGUUUUGCAAAGAGGUGACCUCUACCUACUCAUUAGGGAAAAGAAAAAGAAUCAGUUAGUAGUUUUAAACCGUAUGAGAAGUCCUGUACCAAGUGCCAACAACUGCAAAGAAUGCAGCUAGAGGAAUGUAUUGACUUUAUUACUGGGUCUUCCUUUCUAAUGAGAAAAUGACAAAAAUGGUUGCUGUAGCCUUGCCUGAUUUUGUACACGUUUGUUUAAGGACUGAGUUGGCACUUAAACUCACUUCUCAAAGUAUAAUAAUAUUGUAUGACCUCAUUUGUCCUUUUUCAAAAGCACUUGCAUCAUUUCCUUAAGUCAUCUGUCCCCUGACAUGUUUUCUUCCUUAAUAAACAACUUCUAUCUGCUAUUCCUGCCGAUUAUGUUCUGUUUCUGAUGCCAUGUACUAUUGAGUGUAACCCUCUGCUAAUAUCACUGAAAAUAUUGAUAUGCAAACACAUUUCCCUCUCAUCCCCAUGCCAUCUUUUCUUCUGGGGACAGAUUUCUUCCCAAAAGCUCAUGAACAAGCAUUUGGAAUGCUGGUACCUUUGGGGCAGGGCUAGAGGUGGGAGGGGGAGGGGCAGAAAGGUAAAGCUUAGUGCAGAUACUCUUCUAAUUGGUGUCCGUGGCAAUAUGAAAGCUUAAAGGCAACUCAGUGACAUAUCUUGCUCAGUAGCUUCUUAUUCCUGAAGAACCGCAAGCAGAAAGUGAGGCCUCAGUGCUGGUGCUCUUGGAGUACGGGGAAUGUGCAAAUAUUUAACUGUUUUGUAUGCUGCACAUUUGCAGACCUGCUCAUGUGCAUUCUCCGUUUGUCUUCCUUUGUCAUAUGUGUUUUUGCUUUUUUGAAAAGUGCAGUCUUUAUUGUACCCUUUCCAGCUUGUAGCAAAUUAGAAUGCUUAGCAUUUAUGUUCAUUCAUUAUUGUAUUUGCCAUGUAAAAUUUUUAUUACCUUAGACAAGCUUAUAAGCUGUUACUACAUAACUUAUCUUACUGUAACUCUUUGAUUUCCCGACAUUGUAAUUUGUUUGUGAUGUAUAUUGUGAGAUUGUAUUCUGUGUUAAUUUAAUCAGCACAAUUCACUGACAUGCUGGACUGAAUGCUGGCUGCUGUUUCAAAAGUGUAAAGUUUGUGUAGGGCUGUUGGGACAACUGCAACUCUGUUGUCAAGGUGCUGUGCUGGUUCCUCUAGCGACACUGCGGGUGCGGCCCUUGGGACGCUAAGGGCGUUGAAUACACCCUUGAGCAAAUUUUAACUGCAGAUAUUCUUUGUAGAAAUUCUGUGUAUAAUGCAGGUACCUACUUGGCCCGUGGCUGGUAACUAUUUGGGCAAUUAGAAAAACAACAAAAACCAUAAAAACUAGUGUCUAUUGCUGCUUUGAAUAUGUUUGAAAGUCUGAAAAUGUAAAUAGUUUAUCAAAAAAAAAAUCUUGUACAGUCCAGUGUAAAGUUUUUAAAUGACCUUAAGGGUUGCCAUCACAUCUUUCUCACACUCUCCUCUUGAUAAUGGAAAAAAAAAGUUUGCUAAGGAUUAAAGAAAUGAGAGAGAAAAAAAAAAGAAUAUCUUCAAAUGUCAAGGAAUGAAUCAUUGUUCUUAGCUUUGUUGCAUACACACACUUCUUGGAUUUCGUUGUGCAGUAUUGACGUGAGAUAAAACUCAACAUUGAAUAAUCUUUCAGUGGUACUUUUCAAAGUCUUCCCCUCCUCUGCCUCAUAAUUAAGGGAAAAGACAAAAUUGAAAGACACUGUCUUUAUCUAUCCUGGUGUAUAUUGGCACCUUAGCUACUUUUUUUUUUUUUCCUUUUUGCACAAGGUGCUUUCCUGAUAUGUUAAACAUGCCAUCUUUGGGUGAUAAUGUAUAUGCCGUGAUGGGGCCGAGGCCCCUCAGGGGAGUGUCUAUAAGAACUGCCUAUUUAUGCUCAUUUACCUCAAGACUGUCCUCUCUACCCUUAAUCUAGUCGUCAUCACUCCAUCUUUUGUACUGCUGUUGACACUUACAAAUUAAAGAUAAAUUUUGUUUUAUGA